CUGAGCUCAACUAAACGAUAUUUAUCUAUUUCCUUUCUGGCCCAAUUUACUUAGCAUAAAGAUGAUCUCAGAAGUGGCAAAAUCCCCCAAACGACAUCGGAGUUUCCUAGGGAUCAAUGGCAUCGGUGACUGAGUCGCCGAGUUCUGUUCGAAAAGUGAUUGUUCAAUUAAAAGCAACUGCCGAUGCUCCUAUACUCAAGCAGAAUAAGUUCAAGAUACCUGGAACUGAUAAAUUUGCUAAGGUGAUUGACUUUUUGAGGAGACAACUUCACAGAGAGACUGUGUUUGUAUAUAUCAACAGCGCAUUCUCUCCAAACCCUGAUGAAUUGGUUAUUGAUCUAUUUAAUAAUUUUGGCGUUGAUGGUAAACUGCUGGUCAAUUAUGCUUGCUCCAUGGCAUGGGGCUAAUUAUCACUCAGGGAUAUGAUUUACUGCACUGUUCAUAACAUUUGUUCAUGCGAGAGUACAUGAUUUGUGGAUAGACUGAAGAUUACGAUAACCCAGAUGAAGAUUGGAAAUGGAAGAUUCACAUGUAUUUUAGAUCAUCAAUAUUUCGCACUGUGGGUGCUCAUUUCAUUGCCUUUAAUUCAUUCAGCGUACUGGGAUGGGGUACUUCAAUCAUUAAAUUUUAAUUCUACAGAAUUUGAGUCCACAAGACUUGUACCCUUCUAAAUUAUCUAAAGUAUAAAUAAUUGGCCUCCCAACUUUCUGAAUGCAAUUUGACGUAAAGAUGAUGUGUUGCUUUAA